UCGGAGACCCCCUUAGAGGAGCGGAGGAGUCCGGGCGGUGGGGACGGCGCCUGCAGCUCCGCGGGGAAGUUUCGUUCUUGCGACAGAAUCGGCGUUUUUGGGGAGCGUUUAUCCUUUUCCUUUUCCGUGUGUUACCGAAACAAAAGAGCGACAGGCGGCAAUCACCCCAACUCGGAGCGCGUUUUGCUCCCCCGGCCUGUUUUUUAUGGCCGCCCUCCCCUCCCUGCCAGCGACACUUAUGCUUCCUCCUUGGGUUAUAAACUUUUGAUGCCAGAUCCUCCGCAGCGCGUACCCAACUGAAUCUUAAAGUAGCGUCUCGAGCAGACACACGCACAUCUGUGACCUUCAUCUCUUGCUCCGCACCUUCUCUCCUCCUCUUCCUCCUCCUCCCGUCCUCCUCCCUCACCCGAGGAUCCUGGGGACUCCCUCGGAUGCCGCUCGGCAGGCUCAGAGCUCGCAGCCUGCCUUGCCGGGGGCUCUCCUGAUCUCCGUGGAGCUCCGCAUCGCUCGCCCCGGUGGUUUUGCUCCCCCCCGUCCCCACACACACGCACCCCCUCCCUCCUUUCCCCCCCCUUUCCCCCUUUUCGGGUGUGUUUUUUGCCUGUCGGAAAAGUCCCUGCUGCCCAGGAUGGGGGUCGGUGGGUGCUUAGCCCUGCCCUGGAGGUGCCUGGUCGUCCUCUGUCUCAGGCUGCUCUUCCUUGUGCCCGCAGGAGUGCCCGUGCGCAGCGGAGAUGCCACCUUCCCCAAAGCUAUGGACAACGUGACAGUGCGGCAAGGGGAGAGUGCCACGCUCAGGUGUACUGUGGACGACAGGGUGACGCGUGUGGCCUGGUUGAACCGCAGCACCAUCCUGUACGCCGGCAAUGACAAGUGGUCGAUAGACAACCGCGUGGUCAUCCUCUCCAACACCAAGACCCAGUACAGCAUCAAGAUCCACAACGUGGACAUCUACGAUGAGGGCCCCUACACGUGCUCCGUGCAGACAGACAAUCACCCCAAGACCUCGCGGGUCCAUCUCAUCGUGCAAGUUCCCCCCCAGAUUGUCAACAUCUCCUCGGACAUCACAGUGAACGAGGGCAGCAGCGUCACCCUCAUGUGCCUGGCGUUCGGGAGACCGGAGCCCACCGUCACGUGGCGGCACCUGUCCGGGAAAGGACAGGGUUUCGCAAGCGAGGACGAGUACCUGGAGAUCACGGGCAUCACGCGGGAGCAGUCUGGGGAGUAUGAGUGCAGCGCCGUCAACGACGUGGCUGUCCCAGAUGUGCGGAAAGUCAAAGUGACCGUCAACUACCCGCCGUACAUCUCCAACGCCAAGAACACGGGCGCCUCGGUGGGCCAGAAGGGCAUCCUGCAGUGCGAGGCCUCGGCUGUGCCGGUGGCGGAGUUCCAGUGGUUCAAGGAGGACACCAGGUUAGCAAACGGGCUGGAGGGCGUGCGGAUCGAGAGCAAGGGCCGCCUGUCGACACUGACCUUCUUCAACGUCUCGGAGAAGGACUACGGCAACUACACAUGCGUGGCCACGAACAAGCUGGGCAACACCAACGCCAGCAUCAUCCUGUACGGGCCCGGAGCAGUGCACGACGGCGGCAACGCAGCGUCCCGGGCAGCCGCCGGCCUCUGCCUCUGGGCCGCCCUCCUCGCUCGCCUCCUCCUCGACUUUUGAUAAGGGAGCGGAGGGUCCCGGGAGGUCCCCCCACGCCUCCCCCCCACCGCGGGGCCGGCCCGCCGUGCCGUCCGGGGACUUCUCGUUGUCGGACUGGCCACGGUGCGGGGCGGCCGCGUCUCUGGAUCGUGCUCGCCGCCGGUUAUGGCGUACGCCUGCCGCCCUCGCUCCGGGGACGCGAUCCAGCCGGGACUGAGCCUCCCUGCGGCCGCCUCCUCCUCCCCGACGUGGGGAGCGGAGAGCUGACGGGACGUGAGCCGCCCGGAGCCGUCGCCCAGAAUGUCCAUGUCAUCGUCUUGCUAAGCCGUCUAUGCCCAUAAGGACCCUGAGGAUGAAGCCCUCGGCUCAGCCUUCUGCCCUCUCGGUCGUCUAAGUCGAUUGUCAGCACCAAAGCUGCUCCCCUGAGUGCCCCCGACGUCGCCGGCCCCUUCCCGCUCCCUGAGGCCACAGCACCAGCUCGAGGGAUGGCCCAAGUGUGGCUUUUGGCUGCCUGUUACUAGGGGGACGCCCAUGAUGGCCAUUUCUCUGCCCGGGGUUACACCUCGGGCUGUUCUUUCACCCAUCUACCAUUGUAUGUACCCCCUUCGCCAUCCUGAGGACACAGACCUGCUCUCCUGAAAACAGGAGCCCCAGAGAGAAGCGCCCUGGCUCCCCGUGGUGGGCGUCUCAAAAGCACAGCCAUCUCUGGCCAGAGGCACAGCAACACACGGCUAAAUGCCAGAAAACAAAAUACCCAUUUUCCUGCAGCUCUGACGCUCCCACCUGUCCGCACGGCCCACGGAGGACGGGACCGAGCAGUCUCUGCCUCUGUUGGCCGCUCCGCGUCUCCCUGGUCUGUCUCCCAGCAUGUCCUCCCCGUACCCUUUGGCUCUCCGAGUCACGACGCCAUGUGGGAGGACCCCUAAUCUGCAACCCUCCUGCUCUGCUGCUACUCACGUCCACCGCUCCCCCCUGCCUGAUGAGACAUCGAGGUGUUUGACCCGCCAGCAGAGGCUCUGGCUCUGUCCGUUUGCUGCACCGAUGUGGCGGAGACAAAACUGGCUCCUGUGCCCCUAACUAGCUGCCUGCCCAUCUUCCCUGCUACAAUAUGCAUUCAGCAACAAACUGGAUUCAUCCACACUCCAUUUUCUGCUUCCUCCAGCCGCUGAGAGAGCUUUGUCCCUUGUCCCUGCUACCUGGCCUCCCUGCCUACAGAAUGGUGCACCCAGUGGUGCCCGCUGCCACAUCCUCCUGGUACGUGGCGGUGACCAUGAGCCUUUCUGGUGCUCUGUGACCACCUGGGAACGCUUUGGAAUCUUGGUCCUACAACGGACCCUCCUGUCCGAUUCCUUACAAGUCAUGUUUGGCACAGAAUCCUAGGCUGGCAACAGAGAGAGACUCACCUAUACAACAACACACUGCACGAGCGUACAAAAUGUGCUCCGGUCCUGCCCCAAGUCCUCGCCAUGCCUUGCUGCUUUCUCCUCCCUCCGCGAGCUGCGGGGCUGUAGAGCGAUGGACACACACAAGCUGUCUUUCUGUUGCAAACUCUGACACGACUGAAACCUCCUUACCCUGCUGCCCCGCUUUCCGUGCCCGCGAGGAAGCUGGGGCUGCCUUUGGCACUAUUACAAGGAAAAACCCAUCACCGCAAACAACUGUGGGCCACCACCCCGGCCUCGAUGUGGGCAUACCCUUUCCUCGUCCUUGCCUCUCCUUGGGACCUGUGGUGGCACCAAAAUACCCAAAAUACCAAUACUACAACCAGCUACAACAUCUCAAAGGAUGCUCCUGCCUCGCACUCUGGAUGUUCAACAUGUACCACGGCUGAAUGGCAAAAAACAAAGUAUCCCGAAGCGGGGACGGCUCUGGCGCGGACCCGACAUGCGGACGUACCUGGUGGGUCCUGAUCCGGCGACUCCGUGUCCUGCGUCCCUGUUGUGCUGCUCUGCUUGUCCGUGUGUGUCUCACAAAGGCAGCGCUCGCGGCGAUUGUGGUCCUACCCCCGGCCCUGGGCGCCUUUGCAGAGCGCAGACCCUGCUGUCUUUGGCCGCUGUGGUGGCACACGGGUCCUUUUGUGGGUGCCGAGUCCUACAGGACCCUUGGGGCUCAGAAACUGGCGGGCGCUGAUACCCGACCAGUCUGUGCCUCCCCCUGGCGGCCUCCACAACUGCAAAUUACUCCCUGCUGGUGGCAGAAAUGCUUAACUAGCCCGAGCCGCACAGACCAGAGGCCAUGGUGUGUAGAACAAAGACCAUAAGGAGGACACUGCGUGAUGCUCGUGAAGGCCGGCAAACCCAGGGCUGUGUCCCAACACCUCGCACCCCCCAUUUCUCUCCCCGGGCUGGAUCGGCUCCCCUGUGCUUACGCCAGGACGGCGUUGGACUUUCUCGUGACGUGUAACGUGCCGUUGUGAGGAACGUGUUGGCUGUUGGGGGCCGGCCCUGCGUUUGGACGCUCGGGGGGCGGCCGGGCUGGGGGGUGCGUGGCGCCCCGGUCUCUCCCGCUGACGGCCGGUCUUGAGUUUCCGUCGAUCGUUGUGUUCCGAGGGUGGCUGUACUACCUGAGAUUUGUGCAUGUUACAUUGUAGUUGUAACCUUUUCUAAUUCGGCGAGAAUAAGAGAUGGUUGUGAUUGUGCAGUGUACCAAUAAAGUUUGACGAACUUUGUA